CAGUGUGGCCGCCAUGGCGUCGCCCUUCAGCGGGGUCCUGCAGCUGACGGACUUGGACGACUUCAUCGGCCCGUCGCAGGAUUGCAUAAAACCCCUGACGGUGGAGAAGAAGCCCGGCAGAGGGGCAGCAAAGAUCCGAAUCGAGGAAGAUGGGAAUUACUUCCAAGUUAACCAGGACGGACAGGCCCAGAAGCUGGAGAAGGCGAAAAUCACGCUGAACGACUGCCUGGCCUGCAGCGGCUGUGUGACGUCGGCGGAGAGCGUGCUGAUCGCCGAGCAGAGCCACGAGGAGCUGACUAGAGCCCUGGCUGCCAACAAAGUGGCGGAGCCUGGCCAAGAGAAGCUGGUGGUGGUGUCCAUCUCGCCGCAGUCCCGGGCGUCGUUGGGAGCGAGGUUCGAGCUGAGCCCCCUGGACACGGCCGGGAAACUGACAGCCUUCUUUCAGAGCCUGGGGGCGCACCACGUGUUCGACACCACCUUCUCCAGGAAUUUCAGCCUCCUGGAAAGCCAGCGGGAAUUCGUGGCCCGGUUCCGGAGACACUCCGCCUCGGAGCCCGCCCUGCCCAUGCUGGCCUCCGCCUGCCCAGGUUGGAUUUGUUACGCCGAGAAGACCCACGGCAGCUUCAUCCUGCCGUACAUCAGCACCGCCAAGUCUCCGCAGCAGGUUAUGGGCUCCCUGGUCAAGGAUCACUUUGCCCGGCAGCAGCACCUCCCCCCGGCCCGCGUCUACCACGUCACCGUGAUGCCCUGCUACGACAAGAAGCUGGAGGCGUCCCGGCCGGACUUCUUCAACCAAGAGGGCCAGACGAGGGACGUGGACUGCGUCAUCACGACGGGAGAAGUGGUGAAGCUGCUGGAGCAGGAAGGGGUGUCCCUGCCGGAUUUGGUGCCCGCCCCCCUGGACCCAACGUUCGGCGGCGGCCCGGCCGCGGAGCUGAUGGGCCACCGAGGGGGCGGGGCGGGGGGCUACCUGGAGCACGUGUUCCGCCACGCGGCCCGAGAGCUGUUCGGCGUCUCCGCGGCCGAGCUCACCUACAAGCCCCUGAAGAACAGGGACUUCCAGGAGGUGACCCUGGAGCGGGACGGCUCCGUCCUGCUGCACUGCGCGCUGGCCUACGGCUUCCGGAACAUCCAGAACGUCGUCCAGAAGCUCAAGCGGGGGAAGUCGCCCUACCAUUACGUGGAGGUCAUGGCGUGUCCGGCCGGGUGCCUGAACGGCGGCGGCCAGAUCAGAGAGGACGGGGCGUCGGGCCGGGACCUGCUGCAGCGCACGGAGCGGCAGUACGCGGCGGCCCGGAGCGAGCCCCCCGAAGCCCACCCCGGCGUGCGGGAGCUGUACGCCCAAUGGCUGGGCGGGGAGGGCUCGGAGCAGGCCGGCCGGCUCCUGCACACCCGCUACCACGCCCUCGAGAAAGCCGGCCCCAGCUUCAGCAUCAAGUGGUGAGGCCGCGGGGGGCCCGGGGGUCUCCGCCGACCUCGGACGGACCCUCCGACCCUGCCCGGGAAACCCACGGAUCCGUCGCCGUGC